UACUGUUGAGCGUAUAGCACGAUUUAAACUUUAAAAUUUUAAAGAAAUACAGGCUGAAUACCGGUCUAAGCCCUGAGGUGACUUAUAUUCCACACUCUUUACUCAAUUAUCGGUGGUCAAUGUCUUCGGAGAUCAACAACUGAUACCGACUUCAAGUAUCAUUUGUCUCCGGCGGUGUAUCAUGAGUAACUACGCUAUGGACGUCGAUGUGGCGAAAGUCGGUUGCCCCGUCCCAAAAAUGGACGAGGUGAAAAAAGAGCUCCUCAUCAGCAUGAAUGAACUGUACGCCCGAGGUCUGAAAACCAGCUGCCAGUGGUCUUCAGAUCUACUCCUAUCACUGGAGGUUGGCAACAACCCAAAACCAUUGGCCAAAAAAAUAGAAGGAUACAAAAGACCAAAAAUCACCCGUAGUCUUCUGACUCCUGUACCUAAACGUAUGCCGGUUGCAAAAUCUACAGAUUUAUAUUCUAUUGACCAACUACCAAUACCAUAUAAAGAAAUGGAACUAUAUCUCCAUGCUCGAACCUGUUACAAUGCCAAAGAAUAUCAAAGAGCAUCAUUUUGGUUGAAAAAUUGUUGUUCAAAAAUACCAUUAUUUCUGAAAAUGUAUUCAGAUUAUUUGGCUGCUGACAGUAAUAUUAAAAACAUUGGUAGUGAAGCAACGCCUUCCAUGUUUAGAGAAUACCGAAAUUUGUUAGAUUAUUUGUCUCAACUAUUAGAGUCUAUACGACAAAAAAAAAAGGGAGAUGGAUAUUUGACAUAUUUACUUGGUGUGGUGUACGUGAAAUUAGAGCAAUACGAGGCAGCAGUUAAAAUGCUUGUUGAAUCUAUAAACGAAGUGCCACUUAAUUGGCAUGCAUGGAUGCAACUUGGUGAUCUUAUUGUAGAUCGAGUUAAAUUAUCAAAGCUAGAGUUACCCAAUCAUUGGAUGAAAAAUUUCUUCUACUGUCAAAAAUAUUUGGACUUGCAGUUAAAUGAACAGAUGCUAGGUAUGACACAGUAUUUAUUUAAUUGUGGUUUCAGUGACAGUAUAUUUCUCCAAUCUAGAGUGGCAGUUUGUUACCACAACAAAAGAUACAUUGAAAUAGCAGUACAAAAAUUUCAAGAGCUCAUUGAAAUUGAACCUUGUCGGCUGGAAAAUAUGGAUACUUAUUCAAAUUUAUUGUAUGUACAACAUCAACGAGUUGAACUAGCUUAUCUUGCUCAGCGUGCAGUCAAAAUUGAUAAAUAUCGUGUGGAGACUUGUUGUAUUUUGGGCAACUAUUACAGUCUUCACGGGGAACAUCAAAAAGCAAUGCGUUACUUUCAUCGCGCGCUUAAAUUGAAUCCUUUGUAUUUGGCUGCCUGGACACUGCUUGGUCAAGAAUAUAUGGAACUUAAAAAUUCAAACGAUGCGAUACAAAGCUAUAGCAAAGCCUUGGAAAUAAAUAAAUACGAGUAUAGAGCAUGGUAUGGUUUGGGUCAAACAUAUGAAAUACUUGGCAUGUUCAAACACAGCCUCUAUUUUUUCAAACAAGCGCAAUUGCUAAGACCAUUUGAUAGCCGUAUGAUAAUUGCUGUUGGCAAUGUAUAUGAAAAAUUAGGUAAUAUAGACAUGGCAUUUCAAAGCUACUUAAAAGGGCGAGCGAUGGGCGAUGACGAAAAGCUUGGACUCAUAUACUUAGCAAAAUUGUAUGUAGUUAUAAAUAGACCAAAUGAUGCUGCAAAAAUGUUUUUGGAAUACAUUGAAGAGCAUGGACUAGAUGAACAGACUCGUGAUCACAGCUAUGCUUAUAUGUUCCUUGCAAAUUAUAAUUUGAAUCGUAUGAACUAUGAUCAAGCAUUUCAUUAUGCACAAAAAUGUUUGAACUAUGCUGAAACCAAAGAAGAAGCUAAAGCGUUGUUAAAGACUAUAGUUCAUGAAAGAAUACACAUGGAAGUUGAUAACUUAUUGUGUACACCAAUGAGUGAGAAACAAUCCAAGGAUAAGGAUUAUGAUAAAGAAGAAAUGCCCAGACAGUUGGAAUUGUUGUCCCUUACACAAAAAUAUGAAAUGAAUCAAAAUGAAGAUGAUGAUGAUGACAGUAGCGACGAAGAAGAACAUUUGUGUAAUAAGAUAACAAUGUAUAUGGACUUAGUAGAAUAGGAAGAAUUAAAUGUUGAUUAAGUUUUUUAAAUAGAUUAUUUUAUAUUUUA